AUGAGCUCAAUCAAGAACGUAGCAGUUGUUGGGGCCAGCGGAAGCAUCGGAAGCUAUGCCGUUCCCGCCCUUCUGGCUGCCAAUUUUGUAGUGACUAUCGUCACGCACUCUAGCAAGGGAAAGCGUUUCCCACCGCAGGUGAAAGUUGCCGUCACCGAUUUCAGUCCGCAGUCACUGCAGCAAGCCUUAUCAGGACAGGAUGCCGUGCUCUGCGUUCUCGGUCACGCUGUUUUGGACAGGCAGGCCAAUGUCAUACAUGCCGCCGAGAAGGCUGGCGUCAAAAGCUUUAUCCCUAGCGACUUUGGUAUUCCGAAAGGCCCCAAUGACGUUCCUGAGUACCGCGCCAUUCUGGGGAAGAAGGCGCAGGCUCUGGACCUGCUGAAGGAGAAGGCAGAGAAGAAUGGCAACUUCACCUAG